AUGUUGUCCCUCUCCACCACCGCGCUCCUUGCAGCGCUGCCCGCCGUCUUAGCCCAAACCUCGAGCAGCGAGACGGUGCUCGGAGUGUACAUGUUCCACCGCCACGGCGACCGCACCCCCAAAGUCUUCGCCCCCACCAACCUAACGGAUCUCGGGUACCGCGAAGUCUACACCUCCGGCCAGUACUACCGUUCGCGGUACAUCGACGACACGGCCACGUUCCGCAUCGAGGGCAUCAGCCCGGACAUGGUGAACGAGAACCAAAUCCAAGCGUCGGCGCCGGUCGACAAUGUCCUGCAGAACAGCGCUGCGGGGUUCUUGCAGGCUCUGUAUCCUCCUGUUGGAGCCGGGGCGGAUACCGAGACACUUGGAAAUGGCACCGUGGUGACGGCACCGAUGAACGGCUUCCAGCUCAUCCCCGUCAAUACCGUGGAGAGCGGAUCUGGAAGUGAGAAUGAUGCGUGGCUGCAGAGCACGAGCAGCUGCUACAAGUCGGAGCUCAGCUCGAAUGAGUACUUUGUCACUUCGGCGUACAAUGAUACGCUGAGCAGCACGCGGGAGUUUUACCAGAAGCUUUUGCCCAUCAUCAGCCAGGCUGGCUUCAAUGCGAGCACUGCUACGUUCGACAAUGCGUACUUGAUCUUCGACUACCUCAACGUCGGCCGCAUCCACAACGCCACCAUCCCGCACUCCAACCUUCUCACCCCCGAAGUCGUAACGCAAAUCUACGGCCUCGCCGCAACGCAGCAAUGGAAUCUUGCGUACAACGCCUCCGAGACCAUCCGCGCCGUCGGCGGCGCCACACUCGGCUCGCAAGUCGUGCAAUUCCUCAACGCAACGGUGGCAUCCGCAGGCAGCCUCACAGGCGGCAAGUUCGCGGUGCAAUUCGGGGCGUACGGCUCGUUUUCAUCCUUCUUCGGCCUCGCGGAUUUGAUCGCCAUCAAUGACGGAUUCACGGGCAUCACGAACUAUGCGUCGUCGAUGGUGUGGGAGAUGUUCACCAAUACGAGCGCGCCCGUGACGGCGUCCAACUACCCCAGCACAAAGGACAUCUACGUCAGGUUUUUGUACUCGAAUGGCACGGCUACGGACGCCACGCCGCCUAUCCAGUACCCGCUUUUCGGCACGAACCAGAUGGAGUUCCAAUGGGACGACUUUGUCUCCCGCAUGAACCGAUUCUCAAUCGGCACGACGGGACAGUGGUGUUCGGCUUGCGGCAACACGACGGGCAUCUGCGAGCCUUAUGCGGAUUCUGCUGGCUCGGGGUCGUCUUCUUCUACUACGGACGAUGGGAGGAGCGGAGGCUGCAGCAACGGUAUUAGUCCUGCUGUCAACGGGGUUAUUGGGGCUAUGGUAACGCUGGCUGUCGUUCUUGGGCUGGAGGGCUUGGCUAUGCUCGUUUUUGGGCUGAGGGUUGUGAGCAAGAAGAGGUUGCGGGGCGGCAAUGGAGCGGCUGGUGGGAAUGGAGAGGCGAAGCUGUGA